AUGGCCCCGCAGGGCAGGAGGGGGCGCAGGGGGUGCAGCUGGCGAGGCAGGAGCGGGGCGCCGGCGGGUUGGGCGCCGGCGCUGGACUGGGGGGCGGCGGGGCGGGAAGGGACGCGGGCGGCCCGCGGCCAUCUUGCGCUCACCGGGGCGCACCUCGCUCGACGGGCGGCCCAGGGGCGGGGCGGAAGGGGGCGCGGCCGGGACAUCCCCGCCCCGCCCGGGACUUGGGCAAACGCGGGCGGCGGCUGCACAAGACAGACACGCACAGACAGCGGCGAGAGCACAGCGGACCACUUGGCAGGCGCCGCGGGUGAGCCGGACGCCCCUCUCCCGGGCCUGGGGUAUUGCGGGGCUGCUUUGAGGGUGUCAGGCAUUGUGGAAUUCGCGCCGCGCCCUCGGCGGAGGGGAGGCAGAGGCCGCGAGUGGACGACAGGUGUGGCCAGGCUGGGUGGGAGGGGGUGCAGGCGGCUCGAACCCCGGGCUGUGGACUCAGGAGCGGGAUCCAGAAGCCCGCGCCGCGCUCGAGUUCCCACACCUGGCACCGCUCGCGGUCGACCCAGAUCCGUGGCAGGUGGUGGCCGUCGGCUGCCGAGCCGUCCGCCUUUCUUCCACUCCCCUCCCCAGUUCCCCCCGGAGGGGAGGCCGGGCCAGGGGCCGCGCGGACGCCCCUCGCCCGCGCCCCUUCCGUCCUGCCGCGCUCGGCCCGAGCAGGCCCUUAACCGCUUCCCGGCAGUUACAAUUUUAAAAAAGUGUUUCUCAAAGAUGUGACUGUUGCGGUUUCAGCCCUGGGGCGAACGGUUGCUACACAAAGUGAAACUUGCUGUUUGCUGGCUUCCUUGCUGCUUCCUUGAAACCCCGAGAAGCACCUCAGUGCCCACCCCACCCCCCCACCCUUCGGCCGGACCUUGGUCCCCCGGCCCAGGCCCCCUCCCCGCCGCUCGCACCCCUUCCCGGGAGCGCCGAGACCCGCGCGCUCGGCUUCCCUGGGCGGGCCCGCGCCCCCCACCCCGCCGCCGUUCUCCCGCCUCUCCGGGUCGCUAACGCCCCCCCUUUCCUAUGUCCCACGCCCCUCGGCCGGCCGCCUGCGGGUGGACCCUUCCCCGCGGCCCGCCUCUCGGGCCUCCACCGCUGGGCCCGCCCGGCCCGCGGUAAUUGUGGGUUGGGCGGUGAGUCACCGCGGCGCCCGCCCGGCGGGUUCUUAAGCAGGGGCGCGCGGGGCGGGCGGGGAGUCUCCGUGCGCCGCGGGAGGAGUGCGGCCACCCUGCGCCUUAAAAGGACUUACCUCUUC